AUGGAUCAAGCGCUAGUUGGGGUGAUAGCAGCAGCUGUAGCUAUUUUCGUAUUUGCUAUAAUAGCUAUAUGUUUUACUAUAUAUUAUUGUAAUAGUAUGUUAAAAAAGAAAGCGAAAGUAAAGAAUAUAAGAAGGCCACCAGCAGACUAUUCGACCGUGUCUACAGUAGCGGCUGGAUAUUCGAGUUACUAUCCAGCCAACUGGUACUAUGCUGAUCCCUAUGCCCAACCAAAUCAUCUGUCUUUGUAUCGACCUAAAGUUUUAGAUGAUGAGAACGCUCCUCACGAAGAGGAAGAAAGAAACAGACGACAUAGAAGUAGAAGUCGAGAUGAAGGUCAUAAUUUUGAUGGGAUUGAUUAUAAAGUUAUUAGAAAAUCACAGAAACGACUCUCUGAUUGGCUCGAUGCUAACUAUGACGUCAAUACGAUGUCUAUGGUGAUAGGGGCCGAGGAGGAUGACGAUAGAUCGGAAUCUUUAACAGCCGAACAAUUCCUCGCUCAGAAUACCCGCCAAUCAACUAGUACCAGUACCAGUAAUAAUACUAAUACUGCUCAAAAUGGCGGCGGUGAGUUUACUAUCAUUGACUAUGUGGAUACCAAUAAUCGCAAACGGAGUCGUACAGAACCAUACAUGUUUGAACGUCAGCCGGACCCAGUAUCAUCAGCGUCUAUGCCGUACAUGUAUAAAUCUACGAUAGAGGUCGUUCAAGAAAAAACGGUUAAUCGGUUGGAAAGUUUGGAUAGCGAUGAUAACGAGCCGUACCCUGCGUCUACGUCCAGUCCGGCAAACAGCAAUCAGGGGGCUAGUCCCUUCAAACCAACCAAAAAUUGGCAGUCUCAGAACUCGGUAGGUUUUGAUUACAAUGAAGAGAAUUCAUUCGAGAAAAACUAUCACAGACAGCGAAUUGCACGUGCAGGUUCAAUUGACGAGAUGCCACCGCAAGAUCCCGACAACUAUAGGGAGUUUAUGACGUCACAAAUGAGAAAUUAUCAAUAA